AUGCAGCCUGAUCCCAGCAAAGACGCCACUCCCGAUGCCAAUCCCGCUCAUCUCCGCCGAAGAGCUUGCAUCCCCUGCACGAGGGCAAAGCGGCGCUGCGACAUGAACCGCCCUUCGUGUGAGAGAUGCCUGGACAAGGAAGUGGCCUGUCGGUACUCUGCAACCCGGCCGUAUGCUCGUCGAGCUGCCAAGUCGCCCCAGACCAACAGCCCUGGCUCCAAUCGAUGCGAAGAAUCUCACGCGACGCCGUUGCUGGACUCUUCACUCUUAGCCUCGCAAGAUGCCGAGGACUGCAAUGACACAUCCUGCGGCAGAAGCUACUCAAAAGCCGCUGAUGGCAUCACGAUUUUGCCCUAUUCUACCGUUUCCUGGUUUCUCCAGGCAGAGCACUGGGUCAUCUACCACGGCGACGUACAGUCGCCUCAGCUUCCCGCAAUUCGCGGUUCAGUCCUCCAGCAGUACUUUCCACGCGUGAGAAAAUGGCUGAUGCAAUGGAUCGAGUUAGAUCACUGUCCGAUGAUUCACAGGUCCCUAUUCGCGGAGACGGGGAUGCCGCCCUGCGUUCAGGAUGCCUAUGCAGCCAUGGCACUGUAUGCCAUGAAGAACGAAAACAACGAAGAGACGGUGAUGCAGCACAUUCGAGACAAAGUCGAUUCCUUAGUUCAGAGAUACUCUGAUGCCGAGCAAGCUCUGCUUGUUGGUGGUUUCGCCUCAGUGUCACCACUCUCGACCAUCCAACACCUCUCUAGGGUGCUCUCCCUGUUAAUAUACGUCUUCAUCGGCCUCUAUGACGGACACAUCCGCCAGCGAGCCGAAGCCGAGAAGCUCAUCCCUUUGCUACGAGACUGGACCGCGCAGCUGUGGAACUCUGUCAACGUCGACGUCACCCUCCAGAACGCGUUUGGCGGCGACUAUCUCGUGGCCCGGGACAAUACCGAAGCAGUCGUCAAGCUGUGGCGUAUCUGGAUCCUGAUGGAGAAUGUGCGCCGAGUCUGGAUGGUGAGCACAUGCACAACCUGCAUCUACCUCGUAGCCAGAGAUGGAACCGGGCACUGCGAUGGGACCAUUGACUUUACGGCUCGACGCGGUCUCUGGGAUGCUGCGUCUGCGCCGUUGUGGAAGAACAUGCUGGAGCGAAAGGAUCCCUUGUUUGUGGUGCCGUUUCAGACGGCUUGGCUGUUUGAGAAGACAACGGUGGAGGACAUUGAUCCUUUUGGAUUGACAAUGAUGAGUCUCACGCUCAACUCGGACAAGCUCGACUCGUGGAUUGCAGAGUCCACGGACACGCAUUUAGAGGCUUUGUUGAUGACUGUGUAA